ACAGUAUAGCAAAAUGUCCAGUUUUACGUGCCUCAAUUGUGGAGUCCGUUUUGCGACCGCUGAAAUGCAGCGCGAACACUACAAAACACACUGGCACCGGUACAACCUGAAACGGAAGCUGGCCGAACUCCCACCCGUGACGAUAGAGGAGUUCGAGAAGCGUAUCAUCCAACAGAAAACAGAAGACGCUGCCGCACAGGAAGAUCAAUCGCUGUACUGCAAAGCCUGUCGGAAGGUUUUCAAGUCAAAGAAUGCGCACGAUAACCAUCUGGACAGCCGCAAGCACAAGGACAAUUUGCAGCAUUAUCUCGCCCAAAGUAAUGGCACGAUUGGUGCUGCUGUUGGUGGUGGAGGAUCGAGCACAAGCUCGAAUAUGAUGGACGCAGAAUUAGAAGUGUCGGUCAAAUCGACACGCGCGGCAACACGAGCCGCAGCGGCUGCUACCGAAGAGGAGGUCGAAGAAGCAAUGCUCGAGGAUGGCGAUUCGGACGAAUGGGAAGACGUGGAGUUUGAGAAUCCGAUCGACCGAAACGAUUGCAUCUUCUGUCCGCACCACAGUGAGGAUUUGCUGGAAAACAUUAAGCAUAUGUCAAUCGCCCACUCGUUCUUCAUCCCGGACGCUGAGUUUUGUAUCGAUGUCGAGGGAUUGCUUACCUAUCUGGCGGAAAAGGUGUGCCGGGACUUUAUCUGUCUGUGGUGUAACGAGAAAGGCCGAACAUUCUACUCGCUGGAUGCGGUCCGAAACCACAUGACGGAAAAGGUGCACUGCAAAAUGCUACACGAAGGCGCAGCACUGGCCGAGUACGUUGAUUUCUAUGACUACAGUAGUAGCUACCCGGAUCACGAGGACGGUAUGGACGUGGAUGCGGAACUCGACACACCGUCCGCCCUGGAUGGGGACGAGUAUCAGCUGGUGCUUCCAUCGGGCAAUGUGAUAGGACAUCGAUCACUGUUACGCUACUACAAACAGCGCAUCAAUCCAAACCGAGCGGUUGUGGUGAAGAAAUCGACCCAGCGACUACACAAGGUUCUGGCACAGUAUCGUUCACUUGGCUGGACCUCCACCCAGCAGGAAGCUGCAGCACGGAAUGCUCGCGAUAUGCACGUAAUGAAGCGACAGCACGCCAAGCUGAUGCAGCAGGUGGGCGUGAAGGCAAACAAGCUCCAACACCACUUCCGCCAGCAGGUUAACUUCUAAAUCUGAAUGUAUGUUUAUACCACAAUAAAAA